ACUAAUUCAAUGUUAAUCUGGCUUUUUAAGCAAUUGUUGUUCUAUAGCCUGCCUCUUCUUCUUCUGUUCUUCAUCACAUCCCCUCUUCUGUUCUUCAUGUCCUUCCUUCUUGACAAACCAGGAGAUAUAUGGUCUAUUGAAAGUUGCUCCAGAUUACUAUAAAAGACCUGUAAGGGUUCUAUCAGGGUUCUAUAAAAGUUCUGUCACGGUUCUACUAUUUUUCAAUAAAAUGAGUUCUACUGAGACACAUAUUCGAGUUAUAUAAGAGAGCUGUGAACGUCCUGUCAGAGUUUUAACACGUUUCGCUACAAUUAAUGCAAUGUUUGUCAGAGGAGCUGCGGGCGCACCUUCAUGUCUCGCGUGUUUAUGUGAGCGGUGCCGCGGUGGCUGAUGGGAUUGCUCGCUGGUAGGACAUGUCCGCCAUGUUUUCCACGGUGCAUGCAACUGAGCAGCCCCUUCAAACGGUUCCCACCUCCCACUAAACCCGCACACUUAUGAGUCUCCCCGCCGGUUUCCGGAGCAGCGGAUACCGAUGAGCUCUGCUGCGGCGGACACGUCGGUACCGGUGCGGGUUUCUGGCGGGAUUCACGGUUCCGUGGGAUUGGCGAACAAUGAGUAAACUCUCGUUUCGGGCGCGGGCGCUAGACGCCGCCAAACCGCUCCCGGUUUACCGUAACAGAGACCUGCCGGACCUCACCGACUGCGUUUCCAUCAACCGGGCUGUCCCACAGAUGCCGAGCGGGAUGGAGAAAGAAGAGGAGCUGGAGCAUCACCUGCAGAGGGCGAUGUCAGCCCAGCAGGUUUUCAGGGAGAAGAAGGAGAACAUGGUGAUCCCUGUACCUGAAACUGAGAGUAACACCACCUACUACGACCGUCUGUACAAAGGAGAAGUCAAAGUCCCCAAACAGCUCAUCCACAUACAGCCUCUGGGCCUAGACCGUCCAGACUACGACAUGGACUCCGAGGAUGAGACGCUGCUCAACAGGCUCAACAGAAAAAUGGAGAUCAAACCUCUGCAGUUUGAGACCAUGGUGGACCGACUAGAGAAGUCCAUGACACUCCAGCUGGUCCCUCUGUCGGAGGCAAAAUUGCUGCUGAACGAGGACGACUACUUGCUGAAGUCGGUGUAUGAUUACUGGCUGAGGAAGAGGAAGAACUUUCGAGGUCCAUCUCUGACUCCUCACAUCAAGCAGGAGAAGAGAGAUGGGUCCACAAACAGUGACGCCUACGUGGCAUUCAGACGCAGGACGGAGAAGAUGCAGACCAGGAAGAACCGUAAGAACGAUGAGGCUUCUUACGAGAAGAUGCUGAGACUCAGGAGGGAGUUCAGUCGGGCCGUCACCACCCUGGAGAUGAUCAAGAGGAGAGAGAAGUCCAAGAGGGAGCUGCUCCACCUCACCCUGGAGGUGGUGGAGAAGAGGUAUCAGAUGGAAGAUUUCAGUGGAGAAGCUCUCAGAGAGGUUUCACUCCCCCUUGUGGAAAAACCAGUGUACAGCGCCCCCUUUACCCUGAACAACAGACACAGAGGCGACAUCAAGAUCAAGCUACAACGGGGUCUCCUUCACAGUACACAGAAGAACCUGGUCUUUGACGAGCAUGCCUCUAAUCUGCUCCAGCCAAAGAACAACAUCAAAAGGGAGCGAUUGUGUCCUCCACAGAGACGUCCCUGUCCAUUCACCGUCAAUAAGGCCAACAUCAGACAGUACGAUUUCCACAGCUCUGGAGAAGAAGACAGCUCCCCACCUCCACUGUCUCCUCCAUCUCCCCCUGAUGGGGAAAAUGAUCCUGAUGGAGUUUAUGUCUUCAGGAGAAAAGCUGGAUGUCAAUAUCUCGCUCCUGGGGCGGAUCAGCCGGGUGGAGACGAUCACUCGGGACUCCAUCACUCUCUAGCUAAACUGAUUCUGGCUCCUCAUUGGACGGGCCUAGGCCGGCGCAGGAUAGGACGGGGGGGCAGGGUCAUACUGGACCGAGCCUUUACAGGUCUGGAUCCAUUACUGAAGGAGCUGGAGUCUUUAACACAUCGGGUCUGCAGAACCAGGACGAGUAAUGACACUGUAACACUGGAGCAGAACCCCCCCCAGACUUCAGGAACCACGGCUCCCUUUCUGACUGAGGUCCUGAGGAGGUUCUGCUUCAGGCCCAGACCAGCUCAGGGCCAGAGGAAGGGCGGCAGUAGGACCACUGCGCUCUGUAUGAAGGACCUUAGAGGACUUUGCAAUAACUCAGCAGGAGGCACCACAGAGGAGGAGUACCACAGUCAUCAGCAGCAGCUCAUCCAGAUGCAGAGAAAACAGCUGGAGCAGCUGCAACUACAGAACCACUCUGCUCCAUAUAGACUGUACAAUACACAGUCAUCCAGGUCCAGUGAGACCAGAUCAGCGACUGUGAACUCUGCCAGUGCUCAGUUUGCAGCCUCAGCUGUGAUCAGCGCUCCUCUUCCUCCUUAUUGUCACAUGGACCGACAGAAAAAACCCUACAAGUGCAACGGAGGGCUUUAUUCCUCAGGUGAGACACCUCACCUGUGUGAGCCUCACUGGGAAACCAAGGAGAACCUUAUUCCAUUGGGUGUCCUUGUCACAUCCUCCAAUACUAAGAUGAUGGUCGAAGAGGUGCCUCCAAGCUUGCGUACUUGUCCUCCUCCCCUCAGUCACUUCCUAACAAAAGGAACCAGGCCGGAGCUGUCUUCCCCUCCCCAGCCCACACUGCUCGACCCUUCGCCCCCCCAACGUCUGCCAUAAUGGUCGCUGCCAGCCUCGACCGAGUGCCGAAAGUCUCCGCCGCCAGAAACCCUCAUGAGUCGGAGAGACCACUGAACGGACUGUCAGAGACGACGCUACCUAUGGAGGUCACAUAACACCUCCUGCUCUUCCUGCUAUUACCAAUCACCCCUUGCUUCUCCUCUUCCUCAGUCACUGGUGAAUGUGAAUUUCCUGACCUCUAGAAGAAGAGAUGGUGUGAGAAUUUUUCCUAGUGUCAAUAAUAUAAUUAUUGUUAUUAUACGGUUUGUAAAUGUCUUUGUAAAAUAGUUUUUUCAUUUCAUAAGUAUAUUUUUUAAAGCAGAUUAUUAUGUGACUGAAGAAACAACUGAUUGGUACACAGCACCUGGCUCUGAUUGGUCCACAAUAAGUGUAGCUUCCUGUUUGGUUAUUUAUUUAUCAUGUUUACAUUUAGCAUUUCUUUAAAAUCCUAAUUCAAGUCUUCAUUUUUUUUUCUUAAAGAUGAAAAACUGAUUUGAAGGAUUUAAAGAUGUGUGCGCCGGCCAGGAUCUGCUCUGUAUUUUUUAAUGUUAACGAAUGUCUGAUCAUUUGAGCCCAUUAAAAUGCACCUCUGAAAUGAGACAUGGAAGUCUUUUAUAUUUUAAAAUGUAUGCAGUCUGAAUCAUGAGCAAAAGAAGUUUGUAUUUCUCAUGAAAUGCUGAGAAAUAAAAAUAUAUUUAACAG